GCUGGAUGCUCUCCCAUAACAAAGUGCCGACGAGGGAUGAGCCUGACGUAGGACGUAAACAAUCAAGUGGAAUCGGCUUAAUCGACGGAAUAUUGAAUUUAAAAGAAAACUAACUGACACAUAUCCGCAACCAUGUCAAGAGCCCCUGGCAAGCGAGGGGCGGAGAAUGGGAGCAAUGGACACAUCCGCCCAGACCCAAGUGCGCCAGUUUCAAGGAAAGGGAUUUUAACUUCUCUCUUGACCUCUGCGCCAAUGCCAAUACCCGCUAAAGAUGUGCUAGGAAAAUGCCGCUUUGUCUCAGAGUUUGAGAAACUCAAUCGAAUUGGAGAAGGCACUUAUGGUGUCGUCUACCGAGCCCGAGACACAACAAAUGGUAAAAUCGUGGCAUUAAAGAAAGUGCGAAUGGAAAAUGAGAAGCAUGGAAUACCGAUCAGUGGUCUGCGGGAAAUUUCUGUUCUGAUGCAGUGCAAGCAUGAAAACAUUGUCGAUUUGAAAGAAGUGGUCGUUGGGCGGAGUCUAGAAAGCAUCUUCCUAUCCAUGGAAUACUGCGAACAAGACUUGGCUAAUUUACUCGACAAUAUGCCAAAAGCAUUCACAGAGUCGCAAGUCAAGUGCAUCAUGCUGCAAGUUCUACGAGGACUCCAGUUUUUACAUGGAAACUUCAUCAUUCACAGAGAUCUCAAGGUUUCUAACCUCUUAAUGACUGACAAGGGCAUUGUCAAGAUCGCUGACUUUGGCCUAGCCAGGUUUUAUGGAUUGCCCGGAAGGCCGAUGACCCCGACCGUGGUUACCCUGUGGUACAGAGCGCCGGAGCUCCUUCUCCAGGCGCCGCUACAAACGCCCGCGCUUGAUAUGUGGGCUGCCGGUUGCAUUCUUGGUGAACUCCUCAGCAACAAGCCCCUCUUGCCAGGCAAGACGGAGAUACAGCAGUUGGACCUAAUUGUGGAUUUGCUGGGCACGCCAAACGACAACAUAUGGCCCGAAUAUUCCUCCCUUCCGGCAGUGCAGAGUUUCACCCUGAAACACCAGCCGUUCAACAACCUGAAGCAGAAGUUUUCAGAUCUUUCCGCACCCGGCCUGCGACUGCUGAAUUUCCUCUUCAUGUUCGACCCAAAGAAGAGAGCAACGGCAGAGGAAUGUUUGCAGAGCUCCUACUUCAAAGCUGCACCAUUACCGUGCUCGCCCUCGAUGAUGCCUACGUUCCCCCAGCAUCGGAAUAUGAGAACUCAACCAACUCAGGAAAGCAGUAGCCAACAGGCUUCAAAUUUAUCAGAUUUGUUGGGGAGCCUCGCCAAGAAAAAGAGAAUGUGAAGCGCAAUAAUAACUUGUAAACACUUAAAUUGAUGCAAUUUUUUGUAAUAAACUAGUGUAGUAGUGAUAUAAGUGUGCUUAGAAAA